CACGUGACGUGGUCGGUCACGUUGCUUUUCGCGAACAGUUGCGAUAAUUAUUAGCGGUCCGUAGAUGGCCCUGGGCGAAGUCUUCCCACAGUGUUAAUCAAAACUCAAGUACGUUCCAGAAACAACGAAACUAUAGCUUAUUUCCGCCAAGAUAUACAUAAGAUUGUUAUGGCGCACGUCGAAGAAGGACAAAGAAAAAAACAGGGUCCCGUGAGACACACAGGCGGCUGCCAUUGUGGAGCCAUUCGUUUUGAGGUGUGGAGUGCCCCAGAUCUCCACAUAUUCAAUUGCAAUUGCAGCAUCUGUACCAAGAAGCAGAACCGGCAUUUUAUUGUUCCCAAAUCCCACUUUACCUUGCUUCAGGGGUCAGAGAACACAACCACGUACACGUUCAACACGCACACAGCCAAGCACACGUUUUGCAAGACCUGUGGCGUCCAAAGUUUCUACACACCACGAUCUAAUCCUGAUGGCUUUGUCCCAGGUGUGGCUCCCCACUGUUUGGACCCUGGAACUGUAAAGAGCUUAACACUUGAGGACUUCUGUGGGGAGACGUGGGAGGAGAGCGUUCGCAAGCACCCGGCUAUCAGGAGUAUGUCCAAAUCUACACCAGAAACCGGCUAAUACCAGAGGUGAUCACCUCUGUACAGUAACUUGAUAUUCAUUGUUGUUCAAAUCACACUUGAAGAUUUUUGCUGAAUACACCAACUACUCGCACUACAUGGUAAUAUAAAUAAAACAAAUAACUAAAGAAAGAAAUGUCUUCACCUAUGUUACAGCCUUUGGACAUAUUACACAUUGAAACCGAUCAAACAAAA